GUCGCCUCUUGGCGUUGCGUAAUCUCCGAGGCGUGACGCUCUCACCUGGGGGAACCGGCGAGGCAGGUGCGGCAGGUGAGGCAGGUGAGACAGGUGAGUUCAGCUCGUGUCGCAACCGGCUGGAGAGUUGCCGGUUCCGCGCCACCCGCCCGCGAGUCACGGAACCGGCUGCAGAGAGGAAGCUGAAAUCAAAUCCAGGGACGUCCUGAGGCUGCAUCGGGAGCAACUUGAUAGACGCGUGCGUGUGUACAGCACAGAAGAGAGCGAGGAGAGCAGAGAGAGAGAGUAGGAGGAGGACUGCUCCCGUGGGUCCCAGCCUCGCCGAGGCGUAGAGGCCGCCCGCUGAGAUGAGGCGACACCGACCCGGAGCGGUCCCUGGCGCGGAGGAGCUCGACCAGGGCGCAGGAGGGCCGCACGGCGGCCACGAGGGGCCCCUGGGCCACGAGGCGGCGCAGGACGACAACACCCCCGAGGUGCUCACGCGGGUCCUGUCGGGCCUCUCCAGCAGGUGGAGGAACAUGUGGGUGCGGAGCAUUCUGGGAUUCGCGAUGUUCUCCUCCUACUGGCUGCUCAUCUACACUGGGCCGAUCGGCCUCAUCGCCAUGGUCUUGGUGCUGCAGGCCAAGUGCUUCCACGAGAUCAUUGGGAUCGGGUACGUGGUCUACAACUCCUACAAGCUGCCCUGGUUCCGCUGUCUCAGCUGGUACUUCCUGCUGUGCGCCAACUACUUCUGCUACGGGGAGACGGUGGUCGACUACUUCUCCACGGAGUUGAACCUGGGCGGCACGGUGCGCAUGCUCAUGCGCUACCACCGCUUCAUCUCAUUCAUGCUCUACCUGGCAGGGCUGUGCAUGUUUGUGCUGAGUCUGGUGAAGCGUUACACCAGACUGCAGUUCUUCAUGUUUGGCUGGACGCACAUCACGCUCCUGCUCAUCGUGACCCAGUCUCACCUCGUCAUUCACAACCUCUUCGAGGGCAUGAUCUGGUUCGUGUUCCCCAUGUGCGUGGUGAUCUGUAAUGACAUCGCUGCCUACAUCUUCGGAUUCUUCUUCGGGAGGACGCCCCUCAUCAAGGUAUCGCCCAAGAAGACGUGGGAAGGAUUCAUCGGCGGCUACAUCUCGACACUCGUGUUUGGAAUCCUGCUCUCCCACGUGCUGUGCGGGCACCGCUACUUCGUGUGCGCCGUGGAGCCGAGUGGCGGCACGGCGGCGAGGGCGGCGGCGUUCAUCAUGGAGUGCGAGCCCUCGGAGACGUUCCGGCUCACGCGCUACCACGCGCCGGCGCUGCUGCAACACCUCGCCGGCAUCGAGAGCCUCUGGCUCUACCCGUUCCAGCUGCACGCUCUCGCCCUCUCCUCCUUCGCGUCUCUCGUCGGCCCCUUUGGGGGGUUCUUUGCCAGCGGCUUCAAGCGCGCCUUCCAGAUCAAGGACUUCUCGAGCAGCAUCCCGGGCCACGGCGGCAUCGUGGACCGCCUGGACUGCCAGUACGUGGUGGGCACCUUCACCCACGUCUACAUCAGCACCUUCAUCCGGGCUCCAAACGUGAAUAAGAUUAUUCAGCAACUCCUGACGUUGAAGCCCGAGCAGCAACUGGAGAUUUUCAACCAACUCAAGGAUCAGCUUCUCAGCAGGGGUCUCAUUUGACCACCACGUGGCUCCUGGUUGAGGAGGCUAUAAACUCAACUGCAUACAAGCACCACAACCGCCACCUCCACAACUCUCCUCUUUUCUCCAAGUUCCAAGGAGGAGCACCAGGGGCGAGCCCUCGUCCCAGGCCCCUCCCCGCUCAAGGACACCGUCUCAGCUGGGGUUCUGGGCCUUCUUCUCUCGCAGCGUCGAGACAUUUCUGAGUUUUGGUCGGUGAAACGAGAUGAAGAGUGAGGAGGAACCACCGGCGUUGCGAUGCUGCCUUCUGGGAGCGCGAUGCCCUGUCCUGGGUGUCCGCGUUUGUCACCCGGAGUGGCGAUGACCUCAAGGGCGGCGGUCCGUCAUGUUUUUUUAAUAUUUGUCUCACAACACAACAGAUGGUUUGUGAUUCAUAAUUAGAUAUUUUUCGGGUGAGGCCACGAAGUGAUCUGGCCAGAUUUAUCUCGUAAGAACCUCCCCACCACACGACACGGCCAAACAAAUGAAUUGUCACGUGGUGUGCAGACGUUUCAUGACGUGCCGACGAUAGCAAACCUGUCAACCCCUUAUCAGUGCCCCUGCCUUAUUACAGACCAAUUCAGACCUUAUUGGUCACCCCGUGCCAUUUAUUAAUCUCAAGGUUCAUCCUGCAAAGUCCCAUCACAAGGGAGAAACACAAACAAAUAGACAAACAAUAUGUUCUCCGUGUUGAAACGGCUGUGUGACGUAUGGACUCAAUUUCCCUGUGCAAGAAUACGGGGUAAACCGCGUGGGCUGACAGCUCUGCUAUAGUUUGUUCACCUCGCUCAGCGGCGAGGUGCGGGGGACGAGCCUCACGGCCACAUUCAGCGGUGAGAUCCGCGACGUUUCUCUCGAAGCUGCCCCGAGCAUUCUUGGGGCCUGGGUUGACGGUGGCCUGGGUUGACCCGACAAUGUGCGCGUGCGUCGCUGUGGUCAGAGCAGCUGACUCGUGAUCCGGAAGUCACGAGUUCAAGUCCCUGGCUCGGGGUCAGCAGCUGAGGAGGUGCAGUCAGUGCCGGAUGAAGUUCGCGUGGGGCCUGUAGCAUGAUGUUAUAAAGGGGCCCUAAACAAAAGAAACACAUAAAUAUUAAAACACAAUUUUUUUGUUACUGUCAUAAUAAAGUAAUUGUAUGUUUUCAUUUGCUAUACAGCCCGAUGAUACGACAAAUCGCUAACCUUACACACCCAGUCAUUAAUAAAAAUUGAAGGCAGUAUAGUACUAUAGUAAUAGAGCAAGUACAGAAUAACUAAACCGGAGUUGAUACCUUGAAAGCAUUUGGCUCGGGGCCCUUGAAAGUGCGGGGCCCGUAGCAAGUGCAGCUGCUACACGUGUAGCUACUACUACUAUACGUGCAGCUGCUACACGUGUAGCUACUACUACUAUACGUGCAGCUACUACACGUGCAGCUACUA